ACCUUACACCCCACUGGCCACUGGACAAGUUACCUUACACCCCACUGGACAUUGGACACUAUAUACUGUACCAGACACAGGACACCCUACUGGACAUUGGACAAGUUUACCUUACACCCCACUGGCCACUGGACAAGUUACCUUACACCCCACUGGACAUUGGACACUAUACACUGUACCAGACACAGGACACCCUACUGGACAUUGGACAAGUUUACCUUACACCCUACUGGACAUUGGACAAGUUUACCUUACACCCCACUGGCCACUGGACAAGUUACCUUACACCCCACUGGACAUUGGACACUAUACACUGUACCAGACACAGGACACCCUACUGGACAU